GCUGCGUAUAGCCCCCUGGCGCUGGUUACGUCCACCAUUGCUAAGUAUGGUUGAAUGGGUUGAAUGAUAAAUUAGUAAACAGUUUUAUUUGCUUUAGUUUUAUUAUUAAACAUCGAAAAGUUUAUAUCUUUACAUUAAUUGUUUCAAUGUCUAAGAGACAAUGGGUAGAGUCACUCGAAGCACGUCGAACACAAAAGUUACUACCAGAAGUAGGAAGAGUAAUAUCGCAUCGUCCACUAACAACAAACCACAAUUAACAAAAAAGAAGGUUAGUGUAAACAAAACUUCUCCUUUAAAGACCAAACGCAAAAGAAAUGCAGUAGAUUAUGCAGAAGUUACGUUAAGAAAAUCGACACCUCAAGCCAAGGCAAAGAAUCUUCCAAUCUACAAAAGGGAAGUGGCACUGGUUCGAGAGAACAAAGUAAAUGAUGUUUUUGAAUUCGAUCUUAAGGAAGUGGAGAAAGCUGAGAAGUGUAAUGCAUCGUACAUAUCAGAUAAUGAAUUUGAUAAAGAUAUACAACAGGAUAUGAAAAAUAUUAAGAAAAAGGAAAAGAAAAGGGUAUUAACUAAAAAGAAGGAAACCAACAAACAGAAAUUGCUUAAAACUGACAUCAAUAAGUCAACUUUGAAGGUGAACAAGAAGCAAAAUGCUUCAAAAAACUUGAAAAUAAAGAAUAAAACACCAACAAAGUCUACUAAUAGCUCAGGUGAUUUGAAACAGGUGUAUCCUUCAAAAGUAAAGAAUAAGACACCAACAAAGUUGAAUAAGAGUCCAGAAAUUUUAAAACAAAACUCUAAGAUACAUCCUUCAAAAGACUUGAAAAUAAAGAAGAAAAUACCAAGAAAUUCCAAUAACAGUCCAGAUGCAUUAAUACAAAAAGAAAAUAAAGUAUAUGAAGUAACUACUACAAGUAUUAUUAAUGAAUCUAAUGCACAAAGUAAUAAGUAUUCACCUAAGCAAAUUGUAGUUUUAGAAAAUAUUAUUUGCAAAAGCCCUAGUAAUAUUGAAGAUAAUGUGGGUACAAAUAUAAGCUUUCAUCCAAGUUAUUCAUUACCAAAUUUCUCUGAUACCUCAAGUAAUACUUGCAGGGAGGAUUCAAAUGGCACAGCAUGUAAUUCUCCAAAAGAUAAUACUUUUAAAGUUCCUGAAGUAAAUAUCAUCAGUAGCAAUAUUAUGAAUAGCCCAUGGAGGCCUAAUUUUAUAGUACGCAAUAGUCCCAGAUAUAUGACUACCAAUCAUUCAAAUCUUCCAAUUUAUAACCAGGAUGCUGUAAUAAAUUCCACAAUUAUUGAGAACAGUUUCCAGAAGGGUAAGAAUACCAAAAAAUCAUUGAAGCAAAAAUCAAUGUUGGAUUAUGUAACUGGUGGUGCAGCAAAUGAGGAAAGUUUUAACUGUUCGCUUUUUGAUAUUGACCAAUUAAGUCCUAUCAAAAAAGUGAGUAAUAGUCCAAUUGUAAAUAAAGCAAAUUCAAAUAAGAAAGUACGGAGACCACUGGGAUUGUGGAACAACAAUGAUGCAGUCUCAGCAUCUCAGGAUGAUGUUGAUGAGAAUUCUAGUUUGCAUUUUGGAUUCGAUAAAUCUGACAAAGAGAAUGUGCCAAAUACGGGAAAACCGACGCGGUACACUGGAUUCGAAGUUAAAAAGAGGAAUAUAUUUGCUCAAUUUAUUGAACCAACUAAGAAGCAAGAUUUGUUGAAAGGUAACACAAUUGACGUUCAAAAUACCACUGUUGAUGACAGCUUGGCAACUCAGCCUGUGGUUGGAUUAUUUGAAGAUUUGGAAACGGAACCUAAGGCACCACCAAGAGCUAGUUAUGGUAGGAAAUUUCCAAAACGCGCGAGGUUUGUGGAGGUAGAAGAGGAGGAAGAACCAGAAGAUGAUAUGGAGAGGAUUAAAAGAAGGAAGAAAGAUCAAAGGACUAUAGCAGAAGAAAUUGCUGCUAAAAAGUGGGAAGAUGAAUUUAACAAAAUGUGUGCAGAAAUUGAUAAGCACGAAUUGGAAAUAGAAGUAAACAAAUGAUACAAAAUUUUAUCUUAGUGAGCACAAAGGACAAAGCAUUUUAUAUAUUGUAAAUAAUACCGAUUUAAGAAGCUUUAUUGUAUUUGUUUUUA